UUAUUUGUGUGUUUUACAUGAACGACACCGUAAAGUCGCGUGUAAACCUCACGUUAUCCACACACUCUUUCUCUCUCCUAACCGUCGAUGGCCGGAGCAACUGGUAGUUCUCUCUCCCGGUCACGCUUUACCAUUCCUUACAAAUCCAUCGCCGGCAAAAUUCUCCCGCUAAAAUCAUCCUCUGCCUCCGUCUUCAGCCACCAUUUUCACGCCAGAGGCGGACUUUCUACAUGCGCUAGCGCCGCCUUUCAACCACCGGCAAGUCCGGUGACUUCCGAGGGCCCUUCUUGUAUUUUUGUUGGUCCUGUUGAAACCGCCAGCCAAGAAACCCUUGAGGCUCUUUACCGUCAGGCGAAAGAUGCGUAUUACAGUGGACAACCGUUGAUAUUAGAUGACAUGUUUGAUAGGGUUGAGUUGAAAUUGAGGUGGUAUGGAUCGAAAUACGUGAUGAAAUAUCCAAGGUGUAGUUUACGCCGCCAAUCUACCUAUGCUGAUGCUCAGGAAGACCCUUCGCAGGUGUUUGCUUUGGCGAGCGUCUGGUUUCUGAUACUUGCAUUUGGCGGUUCAGUAUGUCUUGUGCCCAUGUUGUACACCAUCAAUUUAGCUUAUCAGGAUAUUCUUAAUUCAGAAGCAGUCUACAGCAGCCAACCAGCACUGCUGGAGGUUCUUGGCAUGUUAAACACUGUGCUGUUCAUUCUUCUGGGUUCUGUAAUUGGCUGCCCAAUUGCAUCAGCUUCUGCUCGAGCUCUACAGGGCCUAUGGCGGAAUGAUCUAGUGGCAUUGAAAGGAGCCUGUCCAAAUUGUGGAGAGGAGGUCUUUGCAUUUCUGAGGUCAGAUCAAAGCAGUAGCUCUUCCCAUAGAGCUGAUUGUCACGUUUGCGAAUGCCGGAUUGAGUUUCGCACCAAGGCUGAGCAAUCCAUAUCAAAACUUGGAAGACGAUGGGUUCAUGGCCGCGUUUACCUGAUAUCUGAGAGACGAAGUCGCCGGCGUUAAAACAUUGACAUAAAAACUGGGGCAAGAGAGUUAAAUGUGAUUUGAGUUCAUGUACAGUAGGAUGAUUCUUUUGAAGUCUAGCACUGGCUGGUACAUAAAUCAAAGUAUACAGCAAACAAAAUUGAUGCAGUUGGAGAUUAGUUAGAGCAUAUUGUUGCCUUCCUGCCUAGCUAAGUAUCGUGUAAGAAAUAUUUUAUUUCUAGUACAUAGUGUUUUUGUGUAAUACGCUGUCGCCCGCACAGACAAAUGACGCAAUUGUAGUUAUGGCGUUCAAGUCUAGUCAAUUAGCUACUCCAACUGACAUGUUGAAAGACAAUACAUCAAAUACUAUUAUUUGGUCUUCACAAAUUCUUAUUUAAA